AUAAGUACUGUUUGCUGUAUUGCAAGAUGUGUGUGUAUAUAUAGUGUAUUUUAUAUAUCUGGGGAACAAGAUGGCGUCCGUUUCAUCGGGAUAUUAAUGUUGUUUGUCUGUGCAAUAGGAGCUUUAAUUUUCACGCCAAGAAUAUUUGGGUUAAUGGUUGGUUGAGAUGGAUUAGGGGUCACAUCUUUUUUAUUAGUGAUUUAUUAUAAUAAUAGGGAUUCACUAAUGGCUGGUAUAAUUACUUUGUUAAGGAACCGAGUAGGAGAUAUAUUUUUCGUCAUGUUUCUAGGUUUAGGAAUCGAAUGUGUUUCCUGGGGGUUUUGAGACUUAAGGUUGGGGCACAUUAGAGUAUGAAUAUUGUUAAUAGUAUUAAUUGCUAGAAUAACUAAGAGUGCUCAAGUGCCUUUUUCUGCUUGGUUACCAGCUGCUAUAGCUGCUCCAACUCCUGUGUCCACGUUAGUACACUCUUCUACUUUGGUGACGGCAGGAAUUUAUGUAUUGUUGCGUUUUUCGGAGGUGUUUUCUGUAGGAAUCUUAAACUUCAUAAUAAUAUUUACAUCAAUUAUAACUUUAACUCUUUCUGGUAUGGCAGCAAUAUAUGAGGUUGACUUAAAGAAGGUCGUAGCUUUAUCUACUUUAAGACAACUUGGGGUUAUAUUGUUCGGUUUGUGUAUAGGACUUCCCGUUAUCUGCUUUUUCCAUUUAAUUACUCAUGCAUAUUUCAAGUCUAUAAUAUUUUUGUGUGUCGGGGUUCUAAUUUUUGUGAGGGGGGGUGUACAGGAUUAUCGAUUUAUAGGGGGAAUUUGAUGGAAAGCUCCGAUUGUAUUUUCGUGACUAGCGAUUUGUUUUGGGAGGUUGACCGGUCUUCCUUUUACAUCUGGAUUUUAUUCAAAAGAUAUUAUUGUGGAGAGGGUUUUAUCUGGAGAUUCGGGAAUUUUAAAGGUGUUCAUAAUCUAUAGAUCCGUAGGAAUUACUGGCCUUUAUUCUGGUCGUGUUUUGUAUGAUCUUGGUGUAAAAAAAAGGUAUUUUUCUGUAAGUGGGGAAUUAGAUUGAAGAAAAUGGUGUUUGCUACCAAUUAGUGUAUUAGGAGUUUGUGCGUUGUUGACUGGUUAUAUAUUCAGGUCUUAUUUCAAUCAUUUUUCCGAGUUUAUAUUUAUAAAUAGAGGAAGAAUUUCUAUAAUCAUAAUGAUUCAGGGGUUAACUUUGACUUCUUUACUUAUUUGGUAUUACGGUCAGAAGCUGUUAAAAACAACUAAUCGUUCCGGUUUUACAGAGUGGUUUAUUGUUAAAAUGUGAUUUCUAAGAGAGAUUAGAGGAAACUUUUUAGGGAGAAAAUUUUUAGAUAAGUGUGUUAAUGCUCUUUUUUUUGUGGAGAAAGGAUGAUGUGCUUUUUUUUGAUAUGAUGGGUUGUUUGAUGUUUUAAGAAAAGGUUCUAACUUUUACCGAGGGGGCCAGUUGAAAUUAAUAGGGGGUGCGGUGUUAAUAGCAUUUAUAGUCUUUAUUUCAUUUUUCUUAUAA